CGUCCCAACGACGCCGCUUCACGUGCCGCGGUCUGGCUUCACGCGCCUGCGCACUUACUGAACUAUAUUCAAAACAUCUUUAUAUCUCCUUGCUUAAUCGCAUAUAGCUAAUGCAAUAAUUAUAAUUUUACACAAGUUGUGAGCUGUGCUAGAUAUUAUUCUUAUUGAAAAUGGACACGACGGAAUGGAGCGUAUGAUUUCAGUGUGUUUUUAUAUCGUAACGAUAAAAGUGAUUAGUGAUAGUGAACGAUAUUUGAGUGAUACGCAUCUUACGAGGACAUUUAAGAUACGGGUAUGAGUGGCCGAGUGUCCGAGUGACGCGUGAUCGUGUGGCUCUCGGGUUCGACGAUGUCAAGACUGCACUGGGUAGCCUCUCAGUAAAUAGGCCAGCGCGAGCGUACAUCGGGCGAUUGACUUUUGAAAUGCGGAUAGGGGUGCGGACUUAAAGUGCGUGUAUAUAAAAGCGAUGCAUGGUUUGUGAGGUCGGAGCGGCGGUCAUGGACAUGAGCGGUGAGGGCGGCGGUGCGGGAGCGGGCGCAGGGGGCGCGCUUCAGCAGCGGUGGUACGACAGCCGCGUGAACGGCAGCCCUGCCGCCGGCGACGUCAGCUCCGAGACGAAUGGAGACGGAUUCUUCCACUCGCCGCUGGAGGGCGGACAUCACAGCCGCGCCCGCUACUACCAUCAGCAAAUGCACGCCCCUUACUCGACAGCGGUCGGUUCGCAUGGUCGGACGCUAAGCGGCGGCAGCGGGCAGGUGUGCAGGCCACACUUUCACACACCGCUUCAUCCCUGGCUCGACUCCAAAGCUCUGGGUAGCGGCGCUUGGGGCGGCGGCUUCCAACAGGACAGCGCGCCCACUGACAAGCCUCUCUCCCCAGCGCAGCAUCCUCAUCCCCAUCCCUUGUUCUCAUUCCCUCCCACGCCACCGAAAGAUUCCACCCCCGACUCCGUCGCCGCGGCGGCGCUCGGUCAGCAAGAUUACCAAGCGGCCGUCGCGCACGCCACGGCGAUGAGCGUCGCUUUCAUGCAGCAGCAGCAGGAGCUGCCACUCUGCGGUGACGUCAAGCCCAUGAUGGGCGCACCGCCCUCCAAGCAACGAGAAGGUGCGCAGCCGGACUCGUGUCCCCAGGAGAGUCAGCCCUCUGGGGAAUACAACACGCAAUACAAUGCCGCCGCCGGCGACUACUACAACUACCAGGGCAAGGGUUAUAGCGGGCAGCAGCAGAGUAAACCGCGACCGAACAAGACGCGAACUAGCGCCGAGGGUCGGGAGUGCGUCAACUGCGGGGCGACGAGCACGCCACUCUGGCGACGCGACGGCACCGGUCACUACCUUUGCAACGCGUGCGGAUUAUACUACAAGAUGAACGGACAGAACCGACCCCUCAUCAAGCCCAAGCGAAGACUGGUGAGUUCGUUGCAAAGUGCUGCGAGACGAGCCGGUACGUCAUGUGCAAACUGUAAGACGACAACCACGACCCUCUGGCGACGUAACCAGAACGGAGAGCCGGUGUGCAACGCGUGCGGGCUCUACUAUAAACUACACAAUGUAAAUCGGCCAUUGACAAUGAAGAAAGAAGGUAUUCAAACAAGAAAUCGCAAGCUAAGCAGUAAAAGCAAGAAGAAGAAGGGCGGUAUGGGAAUGGGUGGGGGAGGCGCGUGCGCACUCGCUCUGGGUGGUGUCAUGGGAGACAUGAUCAAGCCUCUCGGAGAUGCCACCAAAGGCUUUGGUGGUUCCGCCUUUCCAUCGGCUAUGGAUUUCGGUCAACACCAAGUAGGGUUGGUGCAUCCCGCGGCAGCGCACAUGUCGCACUGGUAUGGAGCCCCACAUCAGGGUUUCGCCCCACCACCGACAUCGCAUAAUCCCUAUCAUCACCACCACCUCGCACAACUAAAUUCUAUGACGGGCUGGAGGAGCGAGUACACGUGAUAAGUGAACCAAACAAGAGCACGAAUACGGUGGAAAUGUAGGUACGUCUCGCCAGGAGCGACCUGGGACAGAUACAUCACAAAAUAGAUACUGUGAUUUCACUUGUAGCAUGAUAGGUCAUCAAAAACACAAUUACUACGACACAUCACACUAAUUUAUAAGACUGUGACAGAAUUGAUGUUUCUAAGCGCUAUACAAACAUACAUCAACUCGGAUUGAUGAAUUGAUCAAACAUAUCUGAUUAAAACCAGUUGUUAUCCCAAUGUCUUUUAUAUGCCGUGAUUCGUUCCCUACGAGUAAUAAGUCGUAUCACUCUAAACUAUCGGAUACUAAGUCGACUGCUAUUAAAUUUUUUUACCUUUUGGUGUAUCGAGUUUAUUGAUUGUCGUAAAUCGAUUUUGCCGUUUUUUUUAAUUGUGGAUCAAUAGAUAAAUUAAUGUUUCUUUUUAAUUUCUAUUGAUGAUUAAACUUGAAAUUAUUCUUGAACUAUAUGUGAUUUGAAAAAUUUGGCAAAAUCGAUUCACAAAGAAAUAAAGGUACGCAAUGAAUAUGUGACUUGUAAUAAACAUUAAAGUUUAAAUAGUAUUACAAAAUAUGUCAAAACUCAAAGCAGUUACCGGUUGCUCGAUUCGGUAGAUAAGUGUGGCGCGGAUCUAAGUUCUUUUUACAAGGUGAAGUAACUAGCGAAAUUGUACAGUAUUAUAAUAUUAGAUAAGAUUACUAUGUCCGCUUAGAUGAUUUAUAUAAAUAUAUAAGUAGGUAUCGUUCGUAAAAAAUUGUGUAUUUGUACAUAUCUUAUUAAGUUAUAUUCCGUUCCUGUAUAGAUUGUUUUAUUUUUAUAUUGUAUUUAAUUUGAACUGUUCGGUUCGCUAUAGGAAUUGUGAUGUGUUCAAAAAUUCCAGAUGUUUCUUUUGUAAAUUCGAUUCGUGUAGUCUUUAUUAAAACGCAAUAGUAAUUUAUAUGAUAGAUGUAACUCGUACGUUGUAAAUAAAUUUACGAUAAAACAUUGUCAAUAUGAGAAACAAUUAUUUUCGACUGUCACAAAACGUUUCUCGUCUAACGAAACAACACUAGGUCACAAGAUUGGGUUGUAACAGAUUUACUGUAUGUAUGUUGAUUUGUUAUAAAAUAUGACAUGAAUUAUUUGUAUUGCUGUACUUUAUAAAAAUAAGACAUUGUGUGGCCAUAAAUUAAUCACGAAAUUUUGUUUUUGGGGUUUGCCAUUUCGAAAAAUAGAAUGUUUAAACAUAAAUGACAUUUCCUUAAAACAUUGUUUCGAUAUCAAAAAGUAUGUGUAAAUAUAAAAAUGUAAAUGACCUUAGAAAAUAAAAACUCAAAAUAUUAAAAAUGUAAAUUAGCGAUCACCGCAGAACAGCCUGUAACGAUAUCCCGUACCUAAAGUUUUAGUUUUUAAAACGAAACAUUGUGAAGUUGUGUAUUUUAAAUAAAAUUGCGAAUAAAUUAUCAAUACUUAUUGAUAUUUCAA